AUGUCCGCUCACGACACUGGCCACGAUAGGCUGGACUCGGGUCCGCUGCAAGAGAAACGAUCAACUGACUCGGCUCGGCUGCCCUCUACGUCCUACAGAAGUCACAAGAAGACUUUGAGUGGUCAAAAUGGGUUACCAGCACCAUUACCUGACUCGAUGUCGACCUCCAAAGUCGCGAUCAUAUUCGCGACAGCACUAUUGGGAGCCGCAUGGCUGUAUAUCGAUCCUCUGGCCAGGUGGCGCUCCUCUACGAGGUUUGCCACCUACGUAGCCGAUGAUUGGGUGAAUGAUAUGCAGCUGGAACGCCUCUUGGAGAAGAGGAUACUCGAGAACAUUGGGCCAGUGGUGGGCGCUGGAAGCGGCCUCGUGAUAGCUAGCCCCAGUGUUGGACAGGGGGCCGAGCCCAACUACUAUUAUACCUGGACCAGGGACUCGGCGCUCACAUUUUCAUCACUCAUCCCCAAUUUCUAUUCAUUAAACAACACCGAUUCACCGACUGACGGCCCCGAUAUACUCUUGCGGGAGCCCCUCUUCCGGGCAUAUGUCGAGAGCCAAUCCAAGAUACAAGCUGCUCCCAAUCCUUCGGGUGAUCUCAAAACAGGAGGUCUGAACGAACCAAAGUUCAACGUCAACGGGAGCGCAUUCAAUGGCAACUGGGGGCGACCACAGAGGGAUGGCCCAGCGCUUCGAGCAAUUACAGUCCUCAAAUACGCAAAUUUCCUUCUCGAUAGAGGAUACCCAGCCGAUAUCCAGUACCUGCGGCAGUGGAUAUACAACCCGAAGCGCCUGAAGUCGGUUGGACCGGCGUUGAAGAAUGAUCUUGAGGAGGUGGCGCACGGGUGGUUCAAACGAGGAUUCGAUCUCUGGGAAGAAGUUGACGGAUACCACCUCUUCAACCUCCUCGUAUCGCGCAGAGCGCUCUGGGAAGGACAAGCGCUAGCAUCCCGACUGGAAGACAAGGAGGCCGCGUCUUACUAUGGCCUCCAAGCACAGCGCAUUGGUGAUAAUCUCUCUCAAUUCUGGGAAGGCGAGAAGCUGUAUUGGAAGUCCAGUCUGGCAUCACUCAACCCUGGAGACACGGUCGGGCUAAACUUUCCACAAAGAGGAUGGCACGAUUGUUCCCUCCCCUUAUCCAUUAUCCAUGCGCGAUCCGAAACGCAAUCGCCUGGCAAUCUGACAUCCCUGUCAUUCGCACCCUCGGAUGCCGACGUGCUCGCUUCCUUGCGCGCCUUUGCCCUCUCAUUCGAAGGGCUUUACCGAGUCAACGGUCAAAAGAAAUGGACUGAAAGCUGGAACUUGGGGAGAUAUCGUGAAGACGUUUACGAUGGCCAAGGGACGAGCAAGGCGAAUCCUUGGUACCUUUGCACCUACUCCUUCGCCCACAGCCUGCAUCUCGCAUACAAAGAUCUCAGUGAAAGUGGAUCUAUCACGGUAACCAAAAGUAGUCGAGACUUCUGGGGCGAUGUGAUCCAGUCGAGCGAGGUGAAGGCUGGAGAUGAAUGGAAGCAAGGAGAUGGGGCAUAUGAUAGGGCAAUGCGGGAGUUGCUGGAUUUGGGAGAUCGAUAUCUCUCCCGUGGGAGGUAUGUUAUGAGAGCAAACGGGGAUCGCAUGAGCGAACAAUAUGGGAGGGAAAACUUUCGAGCCACCGGUGCGCGUGACCUGACGUGGUCGUAUGCGAGUCUACUUGAAGCGAUCAGACUGAGGCGCACCUUGGUGUGA